AUGGAUAAAGAAUUGUCUAUUAUAGAUGGGAUUCUUUUAAAUCUUGCUGGGAUACUAAGAUUUUACGAAUUUGAACGCUCUCAGUAUGUUAACGUUCUUUUCCUCUUGAAACAAUUUCAAACUAAGACUUGUGAGGAAGAGGAGCUUAAGUCAUCCCAUGAAAUUUUCAAAAAAGAGUCGAAUAAAGAGCUCAUUUUGAUUCAAGAAAAGAUUGAAAAAUUAGAGGGAAAAAUUGGUCAAAUACGAGAGGAAAUCUCAUCCAGAAGCAAUUCGAAAGAGAAGUUGGUCAGUUUGUUCAAUGCACUUAAAUCGGUUGACAGUUUGGAUGAUAAUUCAAACCUUGAAAAUAUUCUUUCACCAGAAACUUUAGAGAAAAAAGAGCUUUCUUUGAAUCCUAAUUUACCUAUCAUGGAAAUCAGAGAGGAAUUAAACGAAGAUAAUGAAGUCAUCAGUAGCGAGAUUAAGCCAUACCAAUCACCAGAAAGCCAAUUAAACACAUUAUUAGGUAGAAAGAAGCAGAAUUCCUCAAUCUCUGAAAUGGCUUCUGAUAUGGAUUCUGAUGGGUCGAAACCACAAGGCCCUGUAGGAGUUUUAGCCGAAUUUAAAAAGGCCAAUUCGGUUGGUGGAACUGGAUCAGAUGGCAAGGGUAAGCCGGGAGCCGGAGAUUUUCUACCAUUCACAAUCCGUGAAGAAAUAGAUGAGGAUGGGAAUAUCAUAAAAAGUUCAAUAGCUAGAAUUCCUCCAAUGGAUCCAAAUAACGAUGGUAAGGUUAACCAAGUAACGAAUGAUGAAAAAUCUACAGAAUCUGAAGAAACCAAAGAAAUUGAGGAUGACCAAUUAGCAGAACUUUUUGAGGAUAUGGGGUUUACCAUUCCUAAAAUAAGUGAAGUAAUAACACCAGCGGACUCAAAAUAUUUAGAAGAGGAUGGUUCAAAAAAGGAUAACAGUGAUGACGUUCAUGAAAAUGCUAAUGAUGCGAUAUUACAUGUUCCACUAAAAGAUCAGUCCUCAUUGAGCGACAGCAUAGAAGUUUCACCCUCCUAUGCCAUAAGUAAAGAAGACUUGUAUACUCUAGAGCUGAUAACUGAUGAGUUGAAUAGAGAAGAAAAUGAGGAUAAUGGCCAGGCUGAGGACUUCGAAAAAGAAAAUUUUGUGAAAGAAGAAGAGGAUAGUGAUGAUGGUGAAGAUGAUGAUUACGAUGACUACCAAGAACUCGAAGACUAUGACAUACAAAAGCGUGUCUUCACCAAUAUGUUUGGAGGAAAAGGUCAAAGCAUGUUUGCUCAACAGAUAAUGAAACUUCGAAACAAAGAGGAAAACAACCGUUUAGGGGCCGUUGUUAAGGAAGUCAAAGAUGACAUUGCUGAUCUGAAUCCAAAAGAAGUCAUCAAGGAAGUAACUGCUGAUGCUGAUGUAACGUUUUCUGAGCAAAAAAAACCAAGGAAAAGUAAUAAGUCUGUGAGUUUCAAUAACGUUGUUGACGUCAAGCAAGUUGAUGACAUAUGGGAUGAUUUGAGGAUUUCUAAUGCAGAAGAUGAACUUAGAGCAAGGAAAGAAAGUUUAGCAAGCUCUUUUUUCAAGCGCUCAAGGGAGACAGUAGUAGAAAAGGAUCAAAAAAUUGAUCAGGACUAUCAAUCAAUGGAACCACAAAAAGAGGUUUUAAUGUCAGAUGUUGUUGAGAGGCAAGUUAUUGAAUAUGCUCCUAGCUCCGAAGCACUUCAUCAUAGUAGUGUUUUCAAGACUUUUGACUCCAUACCUACUAAAAUAAAUAUGCCGGAGUCAGAGAUUAAAGAAGAUUUGGUGAAAAUAUCCGGAAAAAGAGGCCCGUCAAAGUUCAAACUGGCAAGGGUAGCAGAAAUAGGCAAGAAGUUCCAAGAAACCCAUAUUUCAGCAGAAACGCGUGCACAGUUGCAGGAUGCAGCUGAUUCGAUCCUGACAAGAAGUAACACUAAAAAUCCUAUUAAAAGUAAGAGUAAAGUGCUGAAAACAAAUCUCAAAUCAUUAUCACCGACUAAGAGUCAACUAGGUAGUGAUAUCGGCUCAAGAAGAAUUGAAGCUCCGAAGGAGGUGAAUCCAUUACCUGUCAAUCCGCAGUCAUUGAUCGAUGAGGAUUAUGAAAUUGUGAGACAUGAGACUAGUGAGGGCUUGUUUGAUGAUGACGAGGAUAUGCCAGAAGACGAAUUCAUUGUUCCACAGAACGAAAUACACAACGGUGUAUUGACUGAUACGGAAGUAAAAAGCUCCAGUACGCUUACUCAAAAUGAUAUCUCACAAAAUGAAUUCUUUCCCAAGUAUUCUCCCAACAAAGCGACUCCAAGCACCGAAGUAGUUGGUCCCUCACUCGACUAUAAAUCAAUCUCAGAGGACAUGGAUACUAUGGCAAAAGCUUAUGUAUUGGGAUUGUAUGAUGAUGAUAUGCAUACGACAGGUGAGGUCAUUGAAGAACUCGAAGACUUCAAAAGACAUAACCAAAUUGUGGAAGAUAGAGAUAGCGUCCAUUUGCAUGAGCGAGUUACUGAAAUAAAUAAUGAUGGAAAGAUUACUGAAGCGGACAAAGAAAGGCCAAUGGUUGUUUCUGAUAUUGUCGAGAAUGAUAUGAAUGAAAUCUUGGAGGCCAAUUCUAUACCGGAUGAUCAACUCGACAUUGAGCUAAAUGAUGAGACUCUCACAAAUGAAGUAGCACUUGACUACGCUAAAAUACGAUCAAACAUGAUCCACAAAUACAAGGGGGGUUUUAAAGAAACUGAACAGGAAAAGGAAUUUGUUCGUCCUGAAGGUAGCGAAAAGGUCAGCAGAUUUAAACUGGCUAGACUAGGUGUUUAG